CUCUCUAUUGCGUGCAUAGAGAAAUGACGCUACUUAUAGAUGGACUGAUCUCAUUCGCCGAAAUCGGCCGCAAUUCUUUUCUCAUUCUCACCGCCUUUCUACUGGCCAUUCAGCCCCGCGUUCAAUUUUUUUAAUUCUGCCCGCCGCCAAUGACUCGGAAAAAGGGCUGGACAUCUGCCACCGCUGAUGUGAUGCGCAGUUUUGGCACAUAGGAGUCGGGCAACGGCAGCAGUCAUAAUCCUCCUCCAUACAUUCUUUCAGCGGUCAACUAAAAGUUUCUCGAGUCAUUUUCACCCUCUCUUUCUCUUCCUUAUACCCAUAACGAAGAAUGUCAUACGGCGCUCACAUAUAUCCCCCUCUACUCCCAUCAUGACCUCCGCCGCACCGACUAAUGGUCUCGACAAUGCGACACCAGUCACCAAUGGAACCAACCUCCACAAACCCCGAGCCACAAACGUACUCAAGUUCGGCGGUACCAGUGUCGGCAAAUUCCCUCAGGACAUAGUCAAUGUGGUCAAGUCGAGUACGGUCGGCAACGAUGUUGCCAUUGUCUGCUCCGCACGGUCGAGCAGCACCAAAGCCGCAGGUACCACGAACCGAUUAUUACGAGCAGCGACCGAGGCCGAAAAUCAUAGAGAGUUUCAACACUUGAUAGAAGAUGUGCGGCUGGAUCAUAUUGAGACAGCCCAGUCAUAUAUAAAAUCAGAGGAGAUACGUGCAAGGCUGAAAGACGAGAUUGAGGCAGAAUGCACCUUGGUUUCACGAAUAUUGGAAGCUGCUCAGACCUUGGGGGAAACCAGCCCCAGAUCAAGAGACAAGGUCAUGAGCACGGGCGAAAAGCUGAGUUGCCGGUUCAUGACUGCACUCUUGCAGGAUGGAGGUGUCGAAGCCGAGUAUGUCGACCUCGCCGAGAUCAUCGAUUUCAAAGUCGCGCACAGCCUUGAUCAGCACUUUUAUGACAACGUCGCCAGGGCACUGGGUCAACGACUACGGCAUAGUUCGGGCAAGGUGCCCGUGAUCACGGGAUACUUUGGUGCCAUUCCUCGCGGACUGCUUACCACAGUGGGUCGAGGCUACACCGAUUUGUGCGCUGCGUUGGUCGCAGUUGGUGUCAAAGCGCAGGAACUGCAAAUAUGGAAAGAAGUCGAUGGAAUCUUCACCGCUGAUCCUCGCAAGGUCCCUACCGCCAGGCUGAUCUCUCAGAUCAGUCCCGCAGAGGCCGCUGAACUUACAUUCUACGGUUCCGAAGUCAUCCAUCCUUCCACCAUGGACCAGGUCAUUCGAGCACGGAUACCGAUACGCAUCAAGAACGUCAUGAACCCCAGAGGAGGAGGCACCAUCAUCUACCCUGAUACUCCAACCGAGCUACACUCUGCCCUUGCAGGACAUGACCCAAAGCUCUUCAGGACACGAAGUUCCACUGUCUUGACAGCGGAGCAGAGGAAGCCAAAGCGCCCAACGGCGGUGACGAUGAAACACAAGAUACUGGUGAUGAACAUCCAUUCGAAUCGACGAUCGCUUUCCCACGGUUUCUUCGCCGGCAUCUUCGCCACAUUGGACAAGUGGCGGCUGUCAGUCGACGUGAUUUCCACCAGUGAGGUCAACAUGUCCAUGGCCCUGCACUCUGAAGCUCCGCUGUACACGGGCGGAGGGGACGACGACUACCAAAUUGUGGAUCAAGACCUUCGCGGCGCCAUCGAAGAGCUUCAAAGCUAUGGCACCGUUGACAUCAUUCCCGAGAUGGCCAUAGUGAGCCUCGUGGGCAAAGAGAUGAAGAACAUGAUGGGUAUCGCCGGAAGGAUGUUUUCGACCCUUGGCGAGAACAACGUGAACAUUGAAAUGAUCUCACAAGGAGCCAGUGAAAUCAACAUCUCGUGUGUGAUAGAGGAGCGCGAUGCGGACCGGGCGUUGAACAUCUUACACACAAAUCUGUUCACUUUCUUGGAAGCAUAAACAGUACUGCAUUUUUUCUUCGAGCAAUAUCAGCGACAUAGUACAGCAUUUUGCCGGAGUUUUGCAUAUGACAUACGCCACACGUGGUAUAGAUUGGGCGGUCUCCCAGGCCGGUGGUCUUCCUCUGGCAGGUCAAAAUUGAGGGCAUGUGCC